UCAUGGCUGCAACCUGUGAGAUUAGCAACGUCUUUAGCAACUACUUCAGUACUAUGUACAGCUCAGAAGAGCCCGCUCUGACUUCCAUCCCCCCUGCCGCUACCUUUGGGGCUGAUGACCUGGUGCUGACCCUGAGUAACCCCCAGAUGCCACUGGAGGGCACAGAGAAGGCCAGCUGGUUGGGGAAGCAGCCCCAGUUCUGGUCAAAGGCCCAGGUUCUGGACUGGAUCAGCUACCAAGUGGAGAAGAACAAAUACGACGCGAGUUCCAUUGACUUCUCGCGGUGUGACAUGGACGGGGCCACGCUCUGCAACUGUGCCCCCGAGGAGCUGCGCCUAGUCUUCGGGCCUCUGGGGGACCAACUCUAUUCCCAGCUGUGGGACCUCACUUCCAGCUUUCCUGACGAACUCAGCUGGAUCAUUGAGCUGCUGGAGAAGGACAGCAUGGCCUUCCAGGAGACCCUGGGCCCCUUUGACCAGGGAAGCCCCUUCAGCCAAGAGAUGCUGGAGGAGUGCCGGCAGGCCGGCCCCUACUUCCCUGGCAGCUACGGCCCAGGAGCCCCCUCCCCCGGCAGCUCCGAUGUCUCCACCGCAGGGACUGGUACUUCCCAGAGUCCCCACUCCUCAGACUCCGGUGCAAGUGACGUGGACCUGGAUCCCAGUGACAGCAAGCUCUUCUCUAGGGACGGCUUUCCUGACUAUAAGAAGGGGGAUCCUAAGCACGGGAAGCGGAAACGGGGUCGGCCUCGAAAGCUGAGCAAAGAGUCUCGGGAGUGUCUGGAGGGCAAGAAGAGCAAGCAUGCCCCCAGAGGUACCCACCUGUGGGAGUUUAUCCGGGAUAUCCUCAUCCACCCGGAACUCAAUGAAGGCCUCAUGAAGUGGGAGAACCGGCAAGAGGGUGUCUUCAAGUUCCUGCGGUCAGAGGCUGUGGCCCAGCUUUGGGGCCAAAAGAAGAAGAAUAGCAGCAUGACCUACGAGAAGCUGAGCAGAGCCAUGAGGUACUACUACAAACGGGAGAUACUGGAGCGGGUGGAUGGCCGGCGGCUGGUCUACAAGUUCGGCAAAAACUCCAGCGGCUGGAAGGAGGAAGAGGUUGCCGGGAGUCGGAACUGAGGGUCCGAACGGGACCCAGGACCAAACGCACGGACUUGAGGCCUGCAGCCCCUCCUGGGAGGACCGCCAGGCCCCCCACCAUUCAGGCAGGCUGGGGCCGUGCCAUGGAGAGAAGCUGAGGUUCGGGUUCCUUGUUCAGCCGCCAUCCUGGGAUGUGGGGCUUGUGGCCUCUCCUCUCUGCCCUCCUCCUGGAAUUACAAGCCCUGGGGUUUGAGGUGACCGGUCGGCUGACCACAGCUGCCAGCAUCGUUCCUCUUACCUGAUGCCUCCCAGACCCAACCCAGACAGCAGCUACAGACGAUGCCUUCCGCCUCCAGAUGCCUGGCCUGAGCCAAGGAGGCCAGGGGGAGCAGCAGCAGGGGUGCUGCGAGAGAGGGGGCAGGACGGGGUCCUCCUGCCCCCUGCUUUCCGGACCGGCUUCCACCUCAGUGCAUGGACUCCGCAGGCAGGGGUCAGAGCACUCCGUAAUUUAUGUGCUAUAAAUACGUCAGAUGUACAUAGAGAUCUAUUUUUUCUAAGACAUUCCCCUCCCCGCUCCUCUCCCACCAUGUGUUCGUGGUCAGACUGACCGUUCUAGGCCCUCGGCUGGGCCAGUGAGGGGCGGGGAGAUGCCGGGACCCUCAGACUGGGGCUCCUGGCUCCUUUCUCCCGUGAAUGGAAGCAGAGACCUCCAAUAAAGUGUCUUCUGCGCUUUU